AUGAAUCAAUUGUUGGAGACGUUGGAAAAAACUAUUUCUAAUAAUCCAGCAGACCAGAAAUUAGCUCUAGAAUUUUUGAAUCAAGCCAGUGAACAAAAUUUUGCAGUUUAUAUACUUGAAUUAUCUAAAGUCCUCAAACACACUGGACAUCCUAAUCAUGUUAGACAGGCUGCUGGUAUUCAACUAAAAAAUUGCUUGGUAGCCAAAGAAGAGGAGACUAAAUUACAUUAUGCCAGUAGAUGGUUAACAUUACCAGAAAAUAUUCGUUUAGAAGUGCGUACAAAUGUUGUUGAAACUAUUGGUACUGAACAAUUUCGUCCUUCUGCUGCUUCGCAAUGUGUUGCAGCUAUUGCUGGUAUUGAGAUUCCUCGAAAUAUGUGGCCUGAUGCAAUAAAAGUUUUGAGUGAUUGCGUCUCAAAUUUGAAUGCUAAUGCUCUAGCUAAAGAAGUAUCUCUUGAAGCCCUCGGUUACAUUUGUCAAGAUCUCGAUUCCACAGUUUUAGAAGCUAAUUCAAAUACAAUUUUAACUGCCAUUGUAUACGGAAUGAGAAGAGAUGAAACUAAUGUUAACAUUAAGCGUGCCGCUGUAAAAGCUUUAUUGAACUCUCUAGAAUUUACUAGGAAUAAUUUCAGUAUUGAAGAGCAAAGAAAUCACAUUAUGACUAUUAUUUGUGAUGCUACACAAGAUGUUGAUAAACAAGUUAAAGUUUGUGCAUUGGAGUGUCUUGUUAAAGUUAUGUCUUUAUACUAUUCUGUAAUGCAACCUUAUAUGGCUCCAGCACUUUUUCCAAUUUCUAUAGCUGCAAUGAAAAGUGAUAUUGAUGAUUUUAAAUUACAGGGAAUUGAAUUUUGGUCAAAUGUUGCAGAAAAUGAAAUUGCCUUCAUAUGCGAAGCAGAAGAAGCUAAAGAAUCUGGUAUUCAACCUACUCAAUUCUCUCAAUACUACGCUAAGGGUGCUUUACAAUACAUUUGCCCUAUUAUUCUUAAUGUUCUUGUAAAAGUUGAUGAGGAUGAUGAUGAUGAUGAAUGGACUCCAUCCAAAUCAGCUGGUGUUUGCCUUCAGCUUCUUGCUCAAUGUACCGGGGAUGAUAUUUGUCAAUAUGUUUUACCAUUUAUAACUGAAAAUUUUAAACACCAGGAUUGGAGAUACAGGGAGGCAGCAGUUAUGGCCUUUGGUUGUAUUAUGGAAGGUCCAGACAAAGCUAAAUUAAAUGAACUUAUUUCACAUGCUUUGGGAUCGUUGAUUGAAACACUUGGAGAUUCUCAUAUAGCUGUAAGGGAUUCAGCUGCAUGGACAUUAGGAAAAGCUUGUGAAUUAUCUAUGGAAAUUGUUACAAAACCAGACGUGUUACAGUUAUUACUUCCAGCCUUGUCAAAUUCACUUUUACAAGAACCACGUGUUGCUGCUAAUAUAUGUUGGACUAUAUCUUCAUUAGCUAGAGCUGCUUAUGAGGUAGCUUCGCUAGAAUCUGGUGCGGAAGAACCAGAAACAUUUGUAUUAUCCAGCUGUUUUGAAGCAAUGGUUGAGGAACUUCUUAAAACAACCGACCGCCCUGAUGGAAACAUUUCUAAUUUAAGAAUUGCUGCUUAUGAAACAUUAAUGGAAAUGAUUAAAAAUAGUCCUAAGGAUUGUUACUCAUCUGUUCAAAAGACAACGCUAAAUGUUCUUCAUAAAAUGGAACAACUACUUCAAUUGGAGGAUUCUAUAGAAUCAUCAACUGACAAAUCUCAACUAAGAAAUUUGCAAUCUCUUUUAUGUGCUACGCUACAAAGUGUCAUAAAGAAGAUUAGACCCGAAGAUACACCUUUAAUAUCAGAUACAAUAAUGAAUUGCGUUCUUCAAAUAAUGCAAAGAUGUCAAGGAAAAGAUGUCGGAGGAGUUAUGGAAGAUGCUUUACUAACUGUCUCAGCUUUAGUAGAAUCUCUUGGACGUGGUUUUUCAAAGUAUGUAACAGCAUUUAAACCUUUCCUUUUGUUAUCGUUGAAAAAUUACAAAGAAGGUGUAGUUUUCAUAGCAGCGUUGGGUGUCUUGACAGACCUUUGUCGUGAAUUUGAGAAAGAUAUUUGUUUCAUGCUGGACGAAUGUUAUCAAAUUUUGAUCGAAGUUCUUCAUGCUGGUGACUCUGAUAAAUAUUUAAAAGCAGAUAUUCUUGCGUGUUUCGGUGACAUAGCUCUUGCUAUAUCGGAUGACUUCAAAAGAUACUUUCAAAUGUCAAUGGAAUUACUUUGUUCAGCAUCUAAAGCGGCCAAAAUAGGUAAUUAUUCUGACUAUGAACAAAUUGAAUACGUUGAACAUCUACGCUCCAGUUGUGUUACAGCAUUAUCUUCAAUUUGUCAAGCAUAUCCAGUGACUAAUGAAUUAAAAACAUACGUUUUCAGUAUUGUAGAGUUAAUCGUGUCAAUUGGUUCAGAAGAAGACAUUCCUGAUACCUUACUUGGCCAUUCUUGUGGUCUUCUCGGUGACAUUAUCAAGUUAUUUGGUGCUGAUCUAUUGCCGUUACUUAACAAUACCAUCCUUGACGAUCUCUUAAAUCGUGGAAGACGAUCUAACAAAGCCAAAUCAACGGCAAUUUAUGCUACUAAGGAACUGAGAAAAAUAAAACCUGUAUCUUAG